AUGUUACGGCAGGAUGUCGUGCAAUGUGCAUUUGCACCCAACACUCCUCCCCCUCCUCCACCUCCUCCUCCUCCUGCUCCUGCUCCUCCUGCUCCUGCAAGUCCAACUGCUGCAGCUCCCGGCUCUCCCAUUCCAACCGCUCCUGCUUCUCACGAUCACGGAGGCGAGCCGCCCGGAGACUUGUGUCGUGGCGGUGGGGAGGAGUAG